GGAGAUCUCAGAGGCGGGGCUGAUCCCCCUGGUGCAGUCAUGCCAUAGCCUGCAGCACAUCUGCUUCUCUGGCUUCCGUGCCAGCCACAUCUCAGACCUCCUCCUUCACACCAUCGCCUCGCACUGCCCGCUGCUCUCCACUCUCUCCCUCCGCGCCUGUAGCGGGGUUACCACACAAGGCGCCACGCAUGUGUUACAUGGCUGCGAGCGAAUCACAAGGUGUCGCCUGGCACGGUGCCCGAAUGUGGAUGAGGAGAGGGUGGUUCGGAUUGCGAGGGAGGUUGGGGAGGUUAGGGAGAAAGGAGCAGGAGGGAGCCGGCGUUCUGUAGGAAUGCCUGUGAUUGAGAUAUCGUAA